GCUCACUCUGGGCGGUAGCGACGCUUGACUGGGACGUCUUCGUCAAGGACUUCUCCGACUCCGACCGCGCGGAGGUGCACCGAUGCGGGCCGCGCGGCGGCCCACCACCGCUGCAGCUGCGCAAGAAGUUGCUCUACCGGUUCGACCUUGACAAGGAUGCGCUGGCCGCCCUGGCUUUUGAGGGUGCUCAGCUGGCCGAGCGGGAGCGUGCCGCCCUGCCCACGGGCCGCCGCCUCCGAGGGAAGCAGGCCACCCCAGCCUUGCCGCCCGAGACGCAGCUCGUCCUCGACGGUGGCACGCCGACACCUGUCGGCUCCGACGCCGAGCGGGACGACCGCCUGGCGGGCCCUCCGCGCCCGCCACCGGCGCUCGCGCCCCCGCCACGUUCGGGUCCCGGCGGUGCGCCUCUUCUGCCAGCGCGGCUCGACGACGGCUGGGUCGCCCUGGAGACGCGGCUGGGCUUCAAGCGGGGCGGCCCUGUGGAUGUGGCCUACGCCACCGUCCACGCCAACGGCGGCCGCGCCCUAGCAUCCUUCCCUGAAGGGGUCAUCGCGCUCGCGCGCGUGGGGGCCCUCGACAAGGCGCCUUCCUCACCAAGAGCGGAGCCGGAUGCAGUGCUGGACGAGCGCAUUCUGCAGUACCGACGGAGCAGCACCGGGCAGCGGCGCCGGGCCUUCGCGGAGGUGGUGGCCGAGCAGCAGGAGGCGCUGGACACCAAGGAGUGGCGCAUCGAGGGGCCCGCCACCGUCGGCUGGCUGCGUCAGGCUCACCUGGAGCAGGGUGGCGGGCCCGUCCAGCGCCACUUCUCGUGGAGGCAGAUCCUGGGGUUGGCAGCUGCCGACCCCGGAGUCGAUGAACAUAUGUUCCUGUGCCGGCUCCUGGAGACCGCAACCACGGCCGACCAGCUCAACCUGCCGGGGUGCGAGACGUGCGAGCUGGCGGCCAGGCGCUUCCAGCCCUGGGAGGAGGUGUACUCCGAGGCCUUGCGACAGGCCGAGGUUUCGGGCACCGCCGGUGCCGCGGCCGACGCCGACGGCUGGUUGGACGAGCGCCGCAUCUUCUUAGGAGGCACGCGCACGAAGGGGCACGCCCUCGUGGCCCCGAUUUUGGAGAGGCACGUGGCGGCGAAGAUGCAGGAGGAGAGCGCCAUCCUCAAGGAGCGGCGCAAAGGGGGGGAGGAACGCCGCAUGGCGCGUGGCGAGAGCAGCAGCGUAGCCGACGCCGGCCUCGGCGACCCAGGCGGAGGCGGCGGCGGCGCUGGCGGCGGUGCUGGCCCCACAGGGGUCACGGGCUCGGCCCUGGCGCGCGACGUUUUGCCCCUCCCUGCGGGCGAGUCGCUCGACGAGCUGCUGCGCGGCGCGGCAGCCCGCCUGCUGCCGCGCGGCGGCGGACGGCGUGGACGACUUUGUCGACAGCAGGAGGCUCGGCUGCGCGAGGGCGUUGUCGCCCUCGACGGCCUGGGCGGUCGCGGCGCUGACGCACCGGCUGGGUCUCCAGCCGCCUGUCAGGCCGCGGCGGUGCGACAUCUCGCGCGGCUGUGUGGCAGAGUGGGGCAGCCUCCAUCCGACCUGACCCCCCUGGGGUCGUGGCAGACGCUCCAGGCUUCGCGGAACGGCUAUGCAGAUGUCAUGGCCGACGGCGCAACGACGACCUACAGGAAGGGGGCGAUGGCGCUCCCGCGGGCUGCGGCCGGGCGCGCGCGGCUCACGUGCUUCCCCCGCACCUGCAGACUGUCCUGUCAUAUUCUUCGCAGAUGUUACGAGAGCCGGAGGCACGGCUACCACUACGGCGAGUGCCUUUCCGAGCUGCUCGCCACGGGCAUCGUCGAGCGCGCUGGCAUCUUCUUCGCGCCGAAGAAGGCUCGCCAGCUUCUGGGCAUCGCGGACCUGUCCGAGAUGGUCCACUUCGUUGCCAGGGUGGCCCCCGUGGUCUGGUCGCGGGCAGCGCGCCUCAUCCAAGAGGCCCGCGCCCACAUCCUGAGCGGCGUCAGCCCAGAGUCGUCGUGGAUCGCUGACAAGGCGCCCACCCCGGCACUCGGCGCGCAGUGCUCCGGGGCCAAGAUGCCGCACAUCGACAACGUGGAGCACAUGCUGGCCGCCUUGGGCGAGCGGGGGAUCCAGGCCUCCUUUGACAGCGACGAGGGGGGCCUUCACACCCUGCUGGGGCAUGCGCUGCACAAGCCCUCCGCCACCUGGGGGCUGUCUCGGAGCAAGUUCUGGCGACUGAAGUUCAGUCUCGAUUUUGUGCUCGCGCCCGGGCGCCUCGUCACGGGGCGAGAGCUCGAGAGGCUCAUGGGUCACAUCACUUCUGCCGUGAUGCUGCAGCGGCCAAUGCUCUCCCUGUUCCACGCCAUCUACGAGUUCUGCCGGCGGUCGCGUGACAGGCGGCAGCCCUUGUGGGCCUCAGUGAAGCGGGAGCUCGCUUGGUUCAGGGCUCUUCUCCCAUGUGUGACCGCCCUGCUGAGUCGCUCCUGGCGCGACCGGGUCACGGCCGCCGACGCCUCGCCGCGGGGGUUCGGCGUCGUGGAGCAAUCGUGGCCCGUCGGUGACGUGCGACGAGUUAGCGGCCUCUCGGAACGCAGCCGCUUCCGGGGGGUCCUGACGGCGGACUACGCCCGCCGGGACACGCUGGGCGAGCAGCAGCUCCUGCGCGCCUCCUCGGCGGACGUGGUGGCGGAGGGCGCCCUCGCGCACUUCGAGGAGGUCCCAGCGGGGCGGCUCCUGGCUGAGCCCUGGACGGCGGAG